UGAGUCACAGCUUCCGGACCAGCUGCUGGAAGCAGAAGUCAUUGCUGGCCGGAGGCAGAACUAUCCCUCACAACAUUCCAAUCCAUCGUCGUCUGAAUUCCUCUGGCCAAUUUAUUUCUUGCGACAGAGAUACAUCAUACUCAUCAUUCCAAAGAUCGGCAAACCAUUGGUACGGUGCCGCAAGAGCUCUUUUGAUCCAUCCAUCCAUCCAUCCAAGUAUUAGAUUUGUUGGAUUUUCACUGUUGAAAGUGCACCCAGCCAGAGAGCGAAGCCUUUUGUCGUUUUGUGUGACCCGAUCAUCGUGUCAAGUCGGAGUCGGAAAGUGUCGAAAAUCGAUCAGAUAAUCAGCUACCCCACCUGAAGGCCAUCAGGGAGUGAAUUUAUUUGUGUACGAUUUAUCAAUUGCUAUCGAUAGAAUGAUGAUGCAAUCAACGGCCCUUCGAGGAUGCAGCUCGUGUGUAACACGACGAGUCCAGGCAGUCCAACAACAAUCUAUAUCGACAUUGGUCAAGUCUCCCCACAAACCACAGCAACAGUCACAAAGACUGACCAGUGGCCGAAUGGGGACAAUGCGAGGACGAUCACGCGAUGCGACCAGUCGAUCCAGUGCACCCUACAACAACAACAACAGCAGCAAUCAUAGUCGAAGGACUCCACUAGCCACACGACGACGCAAUGCCACACUGGCAAGCAACGGCAAGUCGUACCAUGCCACCAAACUACAAUCCACCGCCCAACACAGCAACAACAACCCUGGCCGAGAUUUCCCCAAAUGGCUGAGUGAUGUCUUGGGACACCCACGGACCGUCCCCGUGCCUCGCUGGGUAUCUCCUCGACACUACUCCAUCACAUUAUCCGAAUGCUUUGGUCAUGCCUCUUUCAUUCUGGUCGCCAUUUCCUACUCUGUCGAUGACUUUUUAAUGCUACGUAUCAUUGCCGUGGCUGGAUCCACAUCCAUGCUGUUCUUUACAUACUUUCAUCCACACGGACGAGUCCUAUGGUUGCCAUUCAAAUGGAAUUUGCUAUUCAUUGCCAUUAAUUCCUAUCGCAUUGGAAAGAUAUUCUGGGACCGAUACCUCGCCGAACAAAUCAGCCAGGAAUUGCACCAAACCCGCGACAAAUUCUUUCCACUCAUGGACCCCGUCGAAUUUGCCAAACUCGCUCGACUGGGAACCGUCGAAACAUUCACCAAGGGAGUGGUCGUUAUAGAACAGGAUCAACCCAACAAGUACGUACGGGUCGUAUUAUCGGGAGGAUUGAGAGUCGAACGAGACGAACAGCUCACGUACAAACUGGAGGAAGGCAUGUUUGUCUCGGAAAGUGGCCUCCAUGCCGGAUUAAUGUUGCCCGAUAGCAUCGAAUCCUGUUGCCGCAUUGUGGCAGAAAGUGAUGCCCGACUCUUGACAUGGGAACGCACAGAAUUGGUCGAUAUGCUCCAUCGAAGCCCACAAUUGCGUCGAGCAUUAAAGGCCGUACUGUCCUGGGAUAUUGUCCGAAAACUCAAGGCACAACGAAUCAUGUUGUUCAAUGGACUCGUUCAGGAUGCCGAAGAAUGGACCCAUCGACGACACGAACAAACUGAGCACCGAUACAAGGCCAUUUUGAAGAAUGUACUCACGCACGACGAAGUCAACAUGAACGAACGCAAAAAGGAACUCAUCAAGUAUCGGACCAUUCAUCAUAUUGAUGAUGAACAUCAUAGAGAUGCACUCAAGGAAUGCGGAUGGACUGUAGAAGAAUACGAACAGGGAUAUCGACACGAUGAUCCACCGGUCAAGAAAGGACGACAGCCUGAUUGGUAUGUACGACAACUCAUCAUGAGAAUUGUGGGGUAAGAGACAGACAGAAAGCAAGCAAAGAAGACAGACCAGUGACGGAAGCAAACAAGCAGCCAGUUUGAAGGUUACAGAACCGCACCGCAACCGUACCAAUGGUUGAGCAGAGUGACAGUCGAGUGAAACAGACAGACAAACAAGUUAGGUGAAGCGCUUUGGCGAAGAGACCGCAUAAAAGACCCAUCAUCAGAUACAAGCAAGUAGACAGGAGCAAGGGUUACAAUUAGAGAAACAACCCCUGCCUUCAUAAAACAAGUCAUAAAGAAGAUACAGACAAUGCGAUUAUUUCUAUCAGUAGUAGGCGCGUUGCUGCUGGCCAAGUCAUGCUC